CCUGGAACUGCUCCCUCCUUCCGCUUCCUUCUUCUUCUCUGUUCCUCCUACCCUUUUCUUCCGAUACAAACCCAAAAAUGCAAUUUUUUUCUUGAGCUUUUCUUCUCUUCGUAGAUGCCAUGGAACUCGAGGCCGAGGACGGUACGAGAAUCCGCAUCGAGAGGGGUUCGAAGACCGAGGUCGGAAGAGGAGCGAAGUUAGGGUUUGGGCCCUCCGCUGCUGACCGGACCGUCUCCCGCCGCCACCUCUCCCUGUGCCUCCUAGGCCCCACCGGAGACGAUGCUGGGUGCGACGACUCCGGUGGGGAUUUCAGGGUUUCUUUCGAAGUAACCGGGAAGAACCCCAUCUUGGUCUGUCGCAACGGCGGCGGGGACAAAAGGGUUUACCGUAAUUCAGAGAAGGGCGAGCUCCGAGCUGGGGACCGGUUCUCCUUAUCCCUAAAGAACCCUUCUUUCUUCGUUCUUAGGAGGAACGAAGGAAGUGGGGAGGCGCCGGAGGUGGAGAAGAGAGUCUUGGAUGCGGUGGAGAGGAGGGAGAGGAGGACUCUAGAGAGGAGAAAGGAGAAGGAGAGGACGGCGAGGGCGGAGGCGCCUGGAGGCGAAGGAGAUGAAGAAGAAACUAAUGGAGGACUGGAACUAGAACUGGCCUCCUUGGACGUUUCCCAGAUCGACCCCGUGAGAGAGUUUGGAUUCUUGGCGAGAGGUCAUGAAUUCGAUAAUUACCCGAAGCAAAAGAUUCGUCCCAUUGGAGAUUGGAAUUGGUUCCUCGAGGAUCCAGGAGGGGAUAGUGAUGACGAUGAACUUACUGAUGAAGCAACUUGCCCAAGGGGGAAGGUUAGGAGGAGAAAGAAGAAGAGAGACGGAGGCAGCGAGGACGAAAAUUGGAGCGGGGAGAGUGAGGAAGAGAAGGUAUUGGUUGCAAAAUUUGGAAGUUCUAAGCGACCUAGCUACCAUACCAGAUCUAAAGAUGCCAAAAAAAGGCAUCCUGCAUUGCUGAAGGAUGUCAAAGCUCAAAAAGAUGAAGAUAUUGAAGAGGAUGAGAAAGAUGAGACUUUAGGAGGUUUUAUUGUUGAUGACAAGGAGGAGGAGGAGGAAGGAGAAAAAGAAGAAGCACUGGAAGAAGAUUUGGAGAAAGUUGAAGAAGAUGAUGAAGAAGAAGAGUAGGAUAAUGAAGUUUGAGUUGGUGAGUACUGAGUAAAGCAAGUUCUUAGAUUCUUUUGUAUCACAUAUUAUUGUGUAACCAACUAACCAUGAUAUCAAAUUAGGGAAUCUUGUGUUAUUCAUUUCUAGUAUGUAUUACUAGAAUUUAAGUGCUACAUACUAAUUAGUGAACUGCAAGUACUUCAGAUAAUGUCAUACAUGGAUCUUAUAAUCAAAUAAUUGUUGUAUUUUCUUUUCAGCUUGUA